UAUAUAUAUAUAUAUAUAUAUAUAUAUAUAUAUAUAUAAAUCAUGUGCGGGAUAUUUUCAACAUUUUUUCUAGCAAUUAUCACAGGUGUUUUUGCAGGUGAUUUCUGCUACACAAAUGAUGAUGGGUUUCAGUAUUGUUUUGGUCAAUGCUGUGACUUCAGCUUACACUCUUUGACGUGGAGGUAUUGUUGUAAUGGCGGAAGUAUUAAUGGAGGUGCAAUGAUAGGAAUCGGGAUUGCAUGUAUCAUCGUGAUAAGUUUGACCAGCACUAUCGUAUACUAUUUUUUCUGCUACCUUCCAAAUGAGAGAAAGAGAAAAAAUAAUCCUGAUCUGCCACCGCCCUACUCUGCCACGGGGGUAGCCACGACCUCUACCAGCGGUCUUAUGUUCCAGACGACCCCCGCACACCCGAAACAUGAAGCUCUGUAUAAUGUUUCAGCAGCUUCUAAAGAUGCACCACCAGCACCCGUGGCGCCUACACAGUCAAGUCAAGUCACCAUAUCAAGUGACCCUCUGGUCAGACCAUAUCAUGACCCAUUGCAAGCACGAACGCCUUUGUUUUGAGGAACAUUUGACAUGACCCAUUGCAAGGUGGAAGGUCUUUUUGUUUGGGAAAAUCUGACGUUAACCAUUGCAAGUUCGAAUGUUUUUGAUGCGAUGAUCAUCACAUAACUAAAAUACGUAUAUUUAUAAGGAUUAUGCACAAUAUACGUAUGUCUCAUUUGUAAUGGAAAUGAACAGUCCUAUUGUAUGACGUUUUUUACCAUGUUACAUUUUUAAUACUGCUUUAGUAUUGUUGUUUAUUCCUGUCAUAUACGGAGCAUCGUGCUAUAUCAAAGACAAAAGCCCGGAUUAUCGUUCCCAUUCGUCGUUUUCCAAUCAUAGACUAGAAAGUUGAAAUUAGAUACUACGCUUGUGAACAAUAAAAAAGCUCCGUGUCUGCUUAGCGAUAAAAAAGCAUAUAUUUUUAAAUAAUUAGCAGGAGUACGCUUUCAUCAAAUGUGUAUUAUUUCAUUUGAUCAACGUUGCUAACUCGUACCGUUUAUACAUUGAAUGUGUGUACUUGUUGUUCAUAUUAUAUGUCAAUUGUAUGAAUCUUUAAGGUGAUAAUGCGGUGUUUAUCGGUGGUGUUGUAUAAUUCAAAGUAUUAUAAUAGUAUGUGACGUCUAUUGUCGGAUAUGGAAAUGUGAUUAUGCUCGGUUGUCAUGGAUAUGCGCGCAGUUAUUCAGAUUAUGUUAAUAGUCAAAUCGGUCUUUAAAUAAUUCUGAGGAGAGUGAAGCAUUAUUUAUUGAAAGGUGCAUGAACACUUUUUUGUGUCGUCAUUGGAAGCGAGAAAUAAGUAAUUAACAUUCUUAUUAUUGCCACAAGACAAUGUUUCUUUGAUGCUACAGACGACAGUCUUCAACAAGAGAGAUAAUUACAAUGUGAUGACCAUUUAAAAGGAGUUCCAUAUGGGUACUUGUUUUGUCUUUGCCCGUGGACAAGAUAAGAAUUUCUAUCAUGGUUAGUUUUUUUGGCAAUUUCUGUGAGUGUUGACUUCAAUAAAAUGUAUCCUAGCUCCCAUUGAUUUCUUAAUCAAGCAUAUGUACAAUAAUGAAAUUGAUUUUUAUCGGGUAAAGUCAUGACUUUGUUUAAAAAUGCAAGCCCAAGUUAUAUAAGCACAGUUAGAUAUAUGUAUCAACGAUGUCAAAAAAACUUCACCAUUAUGGCGUAGUGCUAAGGCUGGCAAAAGCCGCUGCAAAUCAAGUUUAAUGGUUUUCAUGAUCAUACCAUAUCACGUGACUUAUUUAAUUAAGAUAAACACAACACUGACAUAACAUCAUUAGCAGGUCGCUUAAUUAAAGAAAACAAAAUAUAAAAGCAAUUUCAGUGUCAUGCUAAGCAAUCGAAAAUAAAUGAGUGAGGAAAAACUAAUUGCUGAUCGAUGUAAAUGAAUAUCGUCUUUUCCGCAAUCAUUAAAUCCAGCGGAAGUAACGAUUGCAGUAGUUGAAACAUUAUCUCGGCUGUAAACGGUAAAACUGACCAAUAAACCAGAAUAGAAAAUAAUUACCUGCUAUCACACAUAUAUCAAACAGGAGAAAUCACAUAGUGACGAAACAAUUUCCGAAAACAUAUCGUUACAUAAGUAUAUUUUUGCGUGACAUUUCGGUAUCAACCAGCAUCGUAGUGGUGUAUGUCGCAUUUCCGUUUCCAAUUAAGAUACUGCACAUUCAUAUGUUAACAGUUUUUCACAUCAACGUCAUAGGUAUGUGUUUUAUCAAAUUACGUGUGUUGAAAUGUCAUCCAUUAUCUUGGAAAUUAAUCUUCCACGAAGUUCGUACGUUCUCCAAGGCAUUUGACACAACCAAAUUAAGUAAAUCGUGUUCAUGUUUUGUUAUUUCUGCUCUUUACAUCCGAUUGUAUUUCUCUGAUCUAGACUGAAUAGUGUAGGCAUGUUGUUUUUAGUUUGUACAGGAAUUAUUAAAACAAAUCAAAUCAUU